AUGUACUGGGAAAUGGAAGGGUGGGAACUGAAAGAAAGCAUGAAAACAAAAAAAAACAAAAUGAAACAGGUAGUGGGUAAUGACAACAAUAUUAUUAAUUAUCAAAAUGUGUCGCCGCUGUCGCUUUUAUUAUUUAAGUUCUUACAAAAAAAAACGCUUGAGAGUGUCGUGGUUAACCACGUGCUCGUAUCUGAGGUGUAA